CCCUGGACUGUAACUUUGAAACAGAACAACGCAACUGGUAUUCGAAUCCCACAACGUCAUAUAUGUGGUCAACUGCUACAGGGGGAACCACAUCACCCGGUACUGGCCCACAACAUGAUCACACCACUGGAUCGUCUAAUGGACAUUACAUAUACCUUGAGGGUACAGAUAAACCAAUCGGGACGAAAUCAGAGUUAACAAGCACUACUGUCAAACUUGAUGGUACGUUUUGUUUUACCUUCUGGUACCAUAUGUUCGGAAAAGGCAUGGGUACAUUAAAUGUUUACAUCAAGUCAGGAAACAGGAGCACAAAAUAUUGGUCACAAUCAGGAAGUCAAGGCGACAAUUGGAAAUUUGUUAAAUUUGACAUUCUUAGUUCAAAACCUUAUAGUAUCAUAUUUGAAGGGAUUCGUGGAGACAAGUUUACGAGUGACAUAGCAAUAGAUGAUAUUUCUUUACUUCAAAGUUCAUGUUCAGGUUCGACCAAUUAUUCACAGUCAUGCCUUAACACGGCAACAUCUAUAUCACUGCCUGAAUGUUCAAAAUAUUAUCUACAACUUAAUAAUUUAGUUUUUGAUAAAGAGUUUGACAACUGUUCAUUAGAAUACCAAGAUGUUCAAGGACUAAUCAAAACUCUAUGUGACGAUGUUGACAAUUCAGACAUAUGCACCAUUAAUCUUUCUGAAGUAGUUAAGAAAGAAUCAAGAUGUUUUCAAUCAAAAAGGCUUCUGGUUGAAUAUACGUGUGAAGAGAGAGAACCAAAUAUCUUAUCAGACAAUUCACAGAAGACAAAAGUUCCCCUAGGCAGAGGUUUGGUUGUUGGUAUUGUUGUAGCUAUCGUAUUGUUAUUGUGCGUUUGUGUAUUAAUUAUUUGUAUCGUCAGAAGGCAAAUUUUGUGCAGAAAAUCUAAAGAAAAACAGAAAACCGGUCUUGACAAUAGUGAUAAUGUUGCCAAUCAAAGUGUAUCUUUAACCAGUGGUACUGCCAAAAGAAAUAACAAAAACGUUAAAAGCAUUGGGACAAACGAUAACCAGUGUAACAUGCAAAUGAAUGAAAAUACGAGUAUUAUUAAAGGAUUAAAACAAAAGACAGAUCCGACAAACCUCUCUAAAGGUUUGCAUCAACAUGAAACACGUUUUACAGGAUCUGAGUCUUAUGCGCUUGCUAACCCAACAAGUUCAAGCGAAAACAUACAAAAACUGAAAACAGAACAAGAUAACAUUUAUUGCCAAUCCGAAGAAGGAACCUAUGAUAUUUCAGGAUGUAAUCGUCACAAGGAGGCUGAUGGUAACAUUUAUAGUCAUACCGUUGAUGAUGUUUAUGAUUCAACGACCCAUAAAAGAAGUGUUGAUGACCAGGAAGACAAAUAUGAUCAUUUCAUUGGACAGAAACAGAAGAUUUGUAUGAUAUUUCAAUGAUGUCAUAAUUUUGUAAUUUAAUGUUCGUUUUGUCUUUCAAUUUUAAAUCCUGUAGUUAUUC